AUGCAGGUAUCCAGAAGCAGCCUGGAUGCGUGUGCACAGCGUUGUGGACCCUUCCUUAAAGCUCCAUGUUUACCUUUAGGGUUCCUCGCACAGAGGAGAUCUGCACAUGCCGCAGCUGUAGCCCCCAAAUGGAAGCCCUCUUCAGCCCUCGAUGAAUGGGUGCAGCGUGAAGCGCGGCCUAUAAGCUUGCGCCAGCUGACCUUCUUUGGCAGGACUCUCACCGAGUCUCGUUUGAUGGACUCGGCCAACUACUGUCGACUUGAGCUACCAACAAGACUUGCCCACCGCCUGCGCGAUAUUCAGAUUCUGCCAUACGUUGUCGUCGCGAACCCUCACCUCGCCCACGUCUACGAGUCAUACUUGCAAGCUUUCGAGCGAUUUCGUCGCGUCCCCGAAAUUCGAUCUCUCGAAGACAAUGACCGGUACUGCAAAGUGCUGGAGGAGACAUUGAAGGAGCAUGCUACUGUCAUACCGCGACUGGCCAUUGGCGUGCUGGAGGUGCGCAAUCUCAUGAAGCCUGAUGAAACAGACAAAUUCAUGACUACUAUGUUGCGAGCGCGUAUAUCUCGGCGAGUCAUUGCAGAGCAGCAUCUUGCCCUUACCGAAACAUUCAACUCACCAUGGCACUUUCCGCAUGCGCAGGUGCCGCACGAUCAGGAGGCAGUUGGAGAAAUCUUCCUGCGAUGCAACGCGAAAGAGAUAGUUGAGUCGUGUGGCAAGACUACGCAAGAGUUGAUAAAGCGUGCUUACGGUGCGCACGUUGAGAUUCCUGAGAUCAAGAUCUAUGGUCACCUGGACGCGACCUUCCCAUACAUUCUGAGCCACCUCGAAUACAUUAUCGGCGAACUGUUGCGCAACUCAAUACAAGCAGUCAUCGAACAGCGCAAAUCUAAGGACGCAAAGCCGCCGCCAAUCGAGGUUCUGAUCUGCGAAACCUCACAGCACGUCAUCAUCAGGAUCUCUGACCAAGGCGGCGGCAUUCCCAAUGACCUGCUGCCUUUUUUGUGGAGUUUCAGCAAAGGACCACGUCGUGAAAAGAGGUUACAAAACUUGGCUAGGGUACCAAAGUUGCUAGCCACACUACAAGAACUGCAGGUGGGCGACAAGUCGGCUUCUGAGUUGCAACAGAAGCACAGCACAAGAUCAGGUGAUAGUGAAGUUCACCGCGGAUCGUUGGCGUCUUUGACCUCGAGGGCGCCCGACCUUCGCCUUGGCAUUGGCCUUCCAAUGUCCAGGCUAUAUGCUGAGUACUGGGCUGGGAGUCUGGAGAUUCACAGUCUUGAAGGCUAUGGCGUGGAUGCCUUCCUUCAAAUCUCGAAACUGGGUAACAAGAAUGAGCGGCUCACGACACGUGCCUCGAUGGACGCUAUCUAG